GCUCGCCUGCCCGCAACCUAAGGAGCUCGACGCUUGCUUUUUCCGCAGUCUUGCGCUCGCUCUUGAGGGACACGGGAUAGCUAGCCGUCGCAGUCCUGGCGCUCCGCCCAAUACGCAGUCGCUACUCCGUCUCGUCGCACCCCGACCCUCCCUAUCACUCCCACUCCCACCAACGCCGCUCCUCCCCCCCCCUCCCAGAGUAGCCGUCAUGUCCUCGCCGAUAUCGUACAUGAAGCGCAAGGCGCCGGUCGACGGCGCCAAGUCCGACGCCGCGAAGAAGGUCAAGACGACCGCAAACGCGAGCAUCACGUCGUUCUUCAAGCCGCCGGCCAAGGCCAAGUCCACGACCCCGUCCUCGUCCCCCGCCGGCGCCGGCGCCGGCCCCGAUGACUCCGACGCGCCCCCGUCCACUUUCAACCUGGCCAAGUGGGUCGCGACCCUAACCCCCGAGCAGAAGCGCCUGCUCCACCUCGAGAUCCAGACCCUCCACCCGAGCUGGCUCGCCCACCUCAAGGAUGAGAUCGUCACCCCCGAGUUCCUCGCCCUCAAGAGGUUCCUCGAGAGCGAGGUCAAGGCCGGUCGAACGGUGUUUCCCCCACGCGACGACAUUUACUCGUGGUCCCGCUAUACCCCGUUCAGCUCGGUGAAGUGCGUGAUCCUGGGGCAGGACCCGUACCACAACCACAACCAGGCGCACGGGUUGGCGUUCUCGGUGCGGCCGCCGACGCGGGCGCCGCCGUCGCUCAAGAACAUGUACAUCGCGCUGCGCAAGGACUACCCGUCGUUCACGGCGCCGGCGCGCGACGGGGGCCUGCUAACGCCGUGGGCGGAGCGCGGUGUGCUGCUACUCAACACGUGCCUGACGGUGCGGGCGCACGAGGCGAACUCGCACGCCGGCAAGGGAUGGGAGCGGUUCACGCAGCGCGUCAUCGACCUCGUGGCGGCGAAGCGCGCGCGGGGCGUCGUAUUCCUCGCGUGGGGCGCGCCCGCGGGCAAGCGCGUCGCCCGCGUCGACACCCACCGUCACCUAGUGCUCAAGACCGUUCACCCGAGCCCGCUGAGCGCGUCGCGCGGCUUCUUCGACUGCGGCCACUUCAAGGCGUGCAACGAGUGGCUUGCGGUGCGCUACGGCGACGACGCCGUCAUCGACUGGAACCUGAGCCCCGCCGCCGCCGUCGAGAAGAAGGAGGCAGUAUCUCCGCCGCCGGCCACGGAAGAGGAGAAGGCAGAUGAGACAGUGGAGGGAGGGGAAGAAGACAAGGACGACGAGGGGGACGAGGACGGGGCGGCAGGAGAGGAGGCCAAGUCAGAUUCAAAGUGAGCCCGGAUUGUGGGCUCAGGGACCCCGAGAAAGGAAUGGGAAAAGGGAUAGGCAAGGGGAGAGGCGUUCCGGUCGGCGUUCUUUGUACCGCGGGGCCGACGGUUAUAUUGUGCUGGGUAUCAAUACAUCGUGUCGCAGAUUGUACGAGCCUCUCAACCUCCAUUGAGGUUGCAUAUCCUUCGCCCCCUUAGGACGGAGAGAUGUAGAAUAAAUUAAUAAAGUGCGCAAUAGCAAUGCUGCCUUUUUUUUUUUAAUCCUCGUG